AGGCCGCUUAGUUCGCGGAGCCUUGUGGGUAGCCGGCCAGGAGUCUCCUGGCGACGACGAUGGCCGGGGACGUGGGUGGUCGCAGCUGCACCGAGUCGGAGCUGCUGCUGCACCCGGAGCUGCUGUCCCAGGAGUUCCUCCUUCUCACCCUGGAGCAGAAGAACAUAACUGUUGAAAGUGACGUAAGAAUAAACAAAGACAACCUCACUGAUCUGUAUGUCCAGCAUGCAAUCCCCUUGCCUCAAAGAGAUUUGCCAAAGAACAGGUGGGGGAAAAUGAUGGAACAAAGAAGAGAACACGAGAUAAAAAGUGAGACUAAAAGGAGUAGCACUAUAGAUGGGUUGCGGAAAAGACCCCUCAUUGUGUUUGAUGGAAAUUCAACAAGUACCAGCAUAAAAGUGAAAAAGACAGAGAAUGGAGAUAACGAUCGCCUCAAGUCUCCUCCUCAGGCCAGUUUCACCAGUAACGCCUUUCAAAAAUUACCAAAUUCCCCCCCUUCUGUUGUUCUACCCCUAACUUUGUCUUCUACUUUGCCUACGAACAAUAAAAUGGACCACAGUCAUAGUGACACUAAACAGAACCAUGACUCCACACUUAGGAAAAGUCCUUCAGGCUCCAUGAAGUCACCACCCUUGUCCCCUGCUGCAACUACUCCAGUGAAGUUAAAGAGAGCUGCUCCGAAGGAGGAAGCGGAGGCCGUGAAUAACCUGAAGCCACCAGAAGCAAAGAGGAAGAUACAGCAUGUCACAUGGCCGUGAGGAAACGUUUCCAAAAAUGUAAAUAUAAUUGUAAUUGUAGGUUUUCAAACAGGUUCACAUAAUACUGACCGUAUUUACAGAGAUCCUGAUUAUUAUGACAUUUUCUUAAGAAGUUUAAAAUUAGGUUAAAAACUACUCUUCUCCUUUUUGUUCAUCCCCUUUCCCCCCUUUUUUAAACUAUUGCCUUUCAUGCUAUGAUUAAGAAAGAAUUUUUUUAAGUAAGUGAUAUGAUAUAAGUCAUUUAUAUUUGCCUUAGUCAUAUCAUUAGUUGCAAGUCUGGCAUAAAGCAUCUGAUGAAUUUUAGAAAUCCUUAGUUUCAGUGUUUUGGGGGAUUUGAGAUUAAAAAUAAACAAAAAACCUAAAGUAUUUUAGUACAGAAAUCUUGUUUCUUUUCCCAAGGAAAGUAAAAGAAAAGGCCAUCACAGUAUCAUAGUAAAUACUGCCAAACUGAUCCUCAAGGUACACCAAGAGAAGCAUAUUUGUGGUAUUGGCAGAAAACAGUUGAGGAAAUAGAGCUAAAAUUGACUAUUUUCUAAGUGUUCACACUGCCGCUUCUCAUAAGAAAUCCAUUGGGAAAUCUGUGCUUCCUCUUGCUUCUGCCCUUGAAGUUAGAACAGAGCUGAUUCCUUAGGCGCUGAGUGAUCAGCUUUACACCUGUUCACUUCUAGGAUAUUUUUGUCACAUACAGUCCUGCCUAUUGCGCCUGUGAGCCAUCUGAUCUCAGUCUGAGUUGGGCUGUCAUUCCCUUCUAAGAGCUUAGUCUUGCCGCAGUGAAGCUGGCUUAAAAAUCUUCAGGUAACGUAAUCAUGGCAGAGGUGUUGUCACCAGACAACAGGAAGUGGGAAGGAAGCACAGGGUGGAUUCUAGAUCUUAAAGCAGUGACGCAGAGCUAGCAUAGAGUGAGGAAGAGAUGCCACAUUUGAGGUCUCGGCGGGGGACAGUGUAAGCAGAAUACCGGUGAGGCUCCCCACUAAUGGAACACGCUCUCCCACAAAACUGUCACACACACAGGCACCUGGUCAGAUUUAUGUUUAUUUUUGUGAAAAUGCUGUUACCAUUUCAGUCAUAAAGUAAAAGUUGAUAGGAACUCGGGUGUCCCUUACAUGCAUUGGUUCUGGUGUUCCCCUUUCUAACCAAGUACUGAGAGAACUUUAUACUUUUGUCAUUGUGUGAUUAAAGUUCAAAUUGAGGCUGUUUGCCUUUUUAAUAUACUUUAGAGGAGUAGCAUCCCUCUCUUGAUUUGUUAAAAUAGCAUUUUAGUUCAGCUACUGGAUAGCCUUACAAGACAUUCAGCCUUGCGGGUAAAAAAUAAAUAAAAACUUUAACCUUACAAUUUAUUGCCACUCUGCCUUCACCUCCACUGUAAAUCUGUACAUAUCAAACUGAUACACACUAAGUGUCCCAUAAAUAGUUAAUGUUUCUGCAACUUGGCAAAUGUAUAGUUACCUGCAGGGCUGACAACUGUGAACAUAUAUGUAACUAUAUUGAGGGAGGUCUUUUUUUUCUUUUUUUUUUUUUAAGUGCAGAUUUUUGGUCAGAAUGACAAAUUAUAUUUUAUAUUCAGUGGUCCCCUCUGCUUCCAUCUGCAUUGCUUUCUUAGGUAAGAGUUCGCCAUUUGACAUUUAAGUCAGUGGAAACUUUGACUUUGAAAUUUUUCAAUAAACUUAAUUUUUAAUUUCUGGAUUUCA